UUUGAAAAUAUUUUUAACAUAAGCGAUUAUUUAUUAAAAAUCUAAAACGUACAUAAGAUUGAAAUUUUAAUGAUAAAUAUUUCACGGUGUUAAUCCCUUCUCAUAAGAAAAUGAUUUUAUUAUUACUGCUGGUCUCAUCGUGCAUCCUACUAAUGUAUUACUACUGGAGACUUUAUACAUAUUGGUUGAGAAGAAACGUACCUUGUCCUAAAUUUUCGUUUUUCGGGAAUAGUCGAAAUGCAUCGAUGCUAAAGAUCACAGUCGCUGAAAGUCUCCAGAUGAUGUACAAACAAUUCGAAGGAUAUCCAUUUGUCGGUAUAUACGAACUUAUAACACCGGUUCUUCUGUUGAGAGAUCCAAAACUAAUUAAAUAUGUCUUCGUGAAAGAUUUUGCCUACUUUCAAAGUCGUGGCAUACCGAUAAACGAACAAGCUGAUCCGCUUGGCGCAAAUUUAAUUAAUAUUAACGGACAACGCUGGCGAAAAUUGCGCACAAAGCUCACAUCGACUUUUACAACCAGUAAAAUUCGACACUUAUUUGAAUUAAUCAUGGAAGUGUCAGAAAAGUUUAAGCAAUUUGUAGACCAAUGUGCAGACAAUGAAGAUCCCGUGGAAUUUCAAAAUCUUGCUGCUAAGUUUACUAGCGAGAGCAUCGCAACUUGUUUCUUCGGACUCAAAAGUAAUGCGAUAGAACAUGAUGAUUCCGAAUUUCUGAAAAUGUGUAAAAAGGCUGCGGAUCCAUCGCUAGAGCUAGCAAGGAAAAGAUAUAUACGCGAUUACAUGCCUGUAUUAUACAAAUGGUUAUCCAUCUGCUUAAUACCUCGGGAUGUUAGCGUUUAUUUUAUAAGGAUAGUGAAAGAAAUAAUUACAUACAGGCAAAUGAACACUGUGAAGCGAAAUGAUAUCAUGCAAUCUUUGAUAGACUUAAAAUAUGAAGAAACAAAGGUGGACAAUACGCUGGCACAAAACGCGUUAUACGAAUCUAAUGAUAUAGUCUUCGAUGAUAAAUUCAUUGCAGCACAGGCUUUUGUAUUCUUUAUGGCUGGUUUCGAUACCACAUCUAUAACUAUAAGCUUUGCUAUGUAUGAGUUGGCUGUUAAUCCUAAGAUUCAAGAAAAAUCGUAUGAUGAAAUACGAACCAUCUAUGAGAAGCAUGGCUGUUUCUCUUAUGAUGCUAUAUCCGAAAUGAAGUAUCUCGAUUGCGUCGUUCGUGAAAUUCUUAGAAAGUAUCCGCCCUCUGGUGUGGUCCAAAGAAUCUGCGGGGAAUCGUACAAAAUUCCCGAUUCAGAUGUUGUAUUAGAAAAAGGUACAAAAGUUCUCGUGCCUAUUUAUGCAAUCCAUCAUGAUCCGCUUUAUUAUAAAAAUCCAAAUACAUUCGAUCCGGACCGAUUUUUUGGUGAGAAUAAGAAGCUUCAUGACAAUGAUACAUAUCUACCUUUCGGUAAUGGACCACGAAUCUGUAUUGGAAUGAAAUUUGCUUACCUCCUAAUAAAAGUAGGUCUCGUUACUCUCAUAAUGAAUUAUAAAGUGGAGCUAAGUGAGAAGACGUCUAUUCCAAUACAAUUUGAACCGACUUCUUUUACAUUGGUAAAUAAAUCUGGAAUAUGGUUGAAGAUCCGUCGUCGUUUACAAGAUUAGAGGACAACUUUAACAUACGACAAUAAGAAGCUAUAUAUUCAAUAUUGGAUAUGUCGGAGCAAUUUAUGUGUAUACGAAAAUUUUAUUGGGCUUCUCUAAGAGUCAAUAAGAAAUGAUAGAAAACGAUACAAAACUCAAUUUAUCGUGAUAAUUAUGGUAACUUUUUUUCAAAUUAUAAAACUAUUCCAGAUAUCCAACUUUGAAUUGUCGAGAGAUAUAUAAAUCUAUAAAUCUAUAAACCUUAUUUGCGGAAAACCUGACGAAAACUAUUUGCUACUUGAUACAAAUCUGAGCAAAUAUUUGAGAAUGCAACUCGUUAAAUCUGUGAAGAUUUAUAUAUAUCUUCAGAUAUUUAAAACUUCAUGAUAUCAUUCAGAUAAUGUUUAUGAUAAAUGCAAAUUAUUAUUUUUAACGAUAUGCGUCCUGAAACAAUU